GUACGGCGUCAGCGGUAGGACUGGAGCAGCCCUUAUAAGCGUGCCUGGACCCAAAAACAAAACAUCGUAUUUGAACGCUUCUGACUAUAUCAGGACUAGCUACUCCUUGCUAUUUUACUGUGGAUAAUAACAGGUUUUACAAAGAUAGUCAUGACUGUUUCCAAAAGAAGGCGAACGUCUACGCCUUCUUUUAUCUAACGCUAGCUAAGUUAGCUUAACUUCAUGCUAGCUUGCUAGUAGUUUAGCCGCUAAGUCGCGAACGUUAACCGACCGAGUUAAGUUAAUUGCGACAAAACUUAAACCAGACAAAGUCAGGAGGACUUCAACUGCUGAACACGCACAACGGACAGGCUGGUGCCAGCAGACGCCGAGCAGUAACGUAAAAACACAUCCCACCUGUUGAGGGUAGCUAGUUUUAGUUUGCUGUGCUAGCAUAAUACCCUCUACAACCACUUAUGGACUAUCUUUAACUGAUGCCAUUGCUCUGAAACGCUGUUUGAAGCCUCAUAUACUCUUCUCUUUGUAUUAUUCUCUCUAUGAAUAUAGUCAGAGCCCACGGAGAUGUAUGGCAUGGCCUCAGAUAACUCAUUGUAGCUUUUAAGUGGCACAGGCACGACAAUGCAACUGUCAACAGCAGACGGCCUACUUUAAUCCAAUCUGUCCGUGUCACGGAGAGGAGAGGGAGAGCUCGUGGUAUCGCCAUAACAUACGCGCAAUAAAGCAGAAGAUGUGAAUGAUGUCAACAGAGAUGAUGGGGAUGAUGUAACGUUAACCUAUGCGUUCGACGCAGCGUUUCUCCUCAAAGUGCCAACAUGGAAUCUGAAAACCUAACUGAUCCAUAUGAAGACAACCGGCAUGUUGAUCAAAGUCGGCAGUCACUCCGGAGUACAAAGAACGAUUCCCAAACGUCAUCCUUCCAAAAACAUGAAAAGAUCUUCCGGGACAAGAACCAGGGCGAGAGUGAAAAAGACAUCUGUGUUGAGAGUAGAUCGAAAACCAGAACCUGGCGUUCAGAUCCACAUCGGGACCAGGUAUCAGAUGAAGAGGGCCGAAGAAGUACUGGGUCGUUGUACUCGGAGGACUAUGACAAUGGGUCUCAUUCAGGCCGCUCGAUCUCACCAUACUCCCGGUCCCGGACUCCAUCCCUUACCCGAGGGGUAAGGAAUGGAGUCCCUCAAAGAGGGGUACGGGCAAAAAGGAUUUCCAACAGCCCCUUCUACAAGACAGGAGGUGUGGGCCGGCGGGGCGUGUCACGUCCACAGCGUCCAGGUGGCCAGCCACUGACCCAGCAGCAUCGCAGGGGAGUGCGUUCACGAAGCAAAGAGUCCACACCCCCUAAAGACCUGGACCUGGUGACCAAGAGGAUGCUUUCAGCCCGCCUGCUAAAGAUCAACGAAUUGCGUAACUCACUUGCUGAGCUGCAACAGCGCACGGAUGAGCUGCAGAAGGAAAAUCGAGUUCUCAGACAGCUUCAGGUGCGUCAAGAGAAAGCCCUGCAUCGCUAUGACGAUACGGAAAGCGAGAUAUCCCAGCUCCUGUCGCGCCACACCAACGAGACCCACGUGCUGCGUGAGCGGCUUAGGCGUACUCAGGAGCGGGAGCGGGCAGCCGAGCGCCGGAUGAAGGACGGCGAGGAGCAGAUGCAGAGGAGCCAGGCGACUAUCGCGCGGCUGAAGAAGCUGGUCGACCAGCGAGAUUUAGGAGCCAGAGAUGAGCUGAGCCGCAGGCUGGAUGAAGAGAAGACACGGGCACAGCAGGCGGAACACAGGAUUAAGGAGCUGGAGCGCAGCAUGGAGCUGAGCAGCAGCAGUUACCAGAGGCAGCUGGCUGCGGAGAGGAAGAAGACAAUCGGUGCCCAGGAAGAGAUCAGGACUCUGCAGGAGGAGCUGGAACGACUGACCAAUAAGCUCAAGGAGAAGGAGAGAGAACUAGACGCUAAGAACAUUUAUGCCAAUCGCAUGAUGAAACCUGAGAAACUGAGAAAAGAUGUCGACAGUGGCGCAAAGCGGAAAGUCCCCAGCAGGAGCAGCACCAAGGCCGUGCAGACCAAAGACAGAGCGUCUAGUCUGGAUUUCCCAACACCUCCCCCUGCCAUCUCUGAUGCCAAUGAAUGCAGUGAACAGGCACCCGAUGAAUACCUAUCACUCAAGGAGUUUGACAGAGUGGACAGACGGGCAGAGACAGAAGACCGGCAUCAAAAGUUGGAACAGCAGAAGAUGAGAGACAGAGGAAAAGAAGGGGAGAACGAGGAGAAGCGGAAAGUCAACCGGGAGCUCAAUGUGCUUGAGGAGAAGGCAAAGACACCAAGAGAUAGUUGGGAGAAGAAAAAAGAGCAAGACGACAGUAAGAGGACGACAGAAAGUUCCCUGUCAAACCAGGAGGAAGACAACAACAGGAAGCACAUCCAUGUCCAGGAAGAGGUGGAGAGGUGGAACCAUGGGGCUCUGGCCAAUCAGCAAGCAGCAGAGGAAGCGCAUCGCAAAAAACAACAGCUGCUGGCCAAGAUGCGUGAAAUAGACCGUCAGGAACACGGAGCCAAGGACCCCGUGUUUGAGUCUAGUCCUUCUGAGUUCAACCAGGCUCCCAGUAACCAGCCCUCUCCUCGUCUUCCUGAGCAGAGGAACCAAAACUCUCACAUUUUUAACCUCACAGAAUCGGAGGAGUUGGCCAGUCUGCGCGCUGGCGCCGGAAGUGGGGACGGCGUAAGGAGAAGAUCGGGCAUGCAGGGCGGAGCUGCGACAGCAGGCUUUGGGAAGAGAGAGCCUCGGACCCAAAUAUCCAAGGACGACUUGGCAUUCGGUAACUACGCGCCCUCUUUUGGACAUUCGGCCUCUCGCGGUUCCCUCGGCUUCCCUCCACCUCCGCCCAAAGAGGACAGGGAGUCCGCAUUGGAGGCCAUAGGUGUUUUUAGUCUUAGAGGGGUGGAGAAAGAGAAGGAGGCGGAAAGCGGAGCGGGCAAGGAGAAGAAGUCCAGCCUCAUGCAGCAGCUAUUUGGUGCCCUGGCAACACCUGUGGGUGACGGUGUGAGCGCCUCCAAUACAAUGGAGGUCCUCAAUAGUCCUCCAACUACCAAUGGAGUGCGUUCAAGACGGGAAGGACUGCUCAGCUUUCACUCGGGGUCUUCCACUCCUCCAUCAUCCUCCCUGAACACCCUACACGUCACAGAUGGCAGGCCUGCAAUUCGUGCCAUCGCCUCCUUCGAUGACGACAUAGAGGAACUUACUUUAUGAAUUUAAUCUAGAUUUGGAGGUAGUCCGUCUCCUAGCAGGCCAUCACUGAUGUCCAGCGGUCACAAAAUAAGAGAGAUUUGAGUGAUAAACAUGGUCUGUAAAUUCAAGUCUGAACAGCAUAUAUUUCUCAAUAAAAAUGUCAACAGAG